AUGGAUCACGAUCCCGCAGCGACUCAUACCGGGCAUAUAGAUCCGGACAGCAACUACGUUCCCCGUCCUAAGCGCAUUGCAUGCGUCGUCUGCCGGCGAAGAAAACUGAGAUGCGACGGGAGGAAACCAAGCUGUGGUACUUGUUCCAGGUUGGGCCACGAAUGUGCUUACGAUGAAGUGCGCAAGAAAAGUGGCCCAAAGCGGGGUUAUGUGAAGCAGCUGGAGGCGCGGUUAGCCCAAGUCGAAACUUUACUGAAGACACAGGAGGUGAACCCCUCCCACAACAGCCAAGGAAAUGGCACCAACGUCGCAGCACCACAAGAGUUCGUUAGCAUCCCGGAGACGGCCCCGUUCACAAACAGUAUUGAUGCGCCUAUGUCAUCCCCCGAAGGCGAAAUCAACAAUAUCCAGUCAAGCCAGACAUUCUUGACACCGGGAUUAGAUCGCACGGGUAAUUUUGGAUGGGAUAUGAUUAGUUUGGGACUGGAGGAACCUUUGCCUGACCGAGAAAUCAUCGAUGAACUAAACCAGAUAUACUUUGAGAAAAUCCAUCCUUAUAUGCCGAUUUUACACCGUCCCAGGCAUUUGGCAGCAAUGGAUCUUGCUCCAAGUGUACGACCUCCCGUGUGUUUACAGUAUAUCACCUGGUGCCAAGCCGCUUCUGUCAGCGAGAAAUAUUCGAAUUUGCAUGCGCUUUUCUACCAGCGAGCCCGCAAAUAUGCGGAAUUGGACGAAAUGAAAGGACUGGGGGAGAACAUCUUGUCCUUGCCCUACUGCCAAACUUGGUUGCUCAUUGGCACGUAUGAAUUCAGAAUGAUGUUCUUCCCCCGGGCAUGGCUCAGUGUUGGUAAAGCAGCAAGGUUAGCACUUAUGCUCGGCCUGAAUCGAUUGGAUGGUAUGGGUCUUGAGGUAAAACAGUCAUUACCGCCAGCAAGAGAUUGGACAGAGAAGGAAGAACGACGUAGGGUGUUCUGGAUGGCUUUCUGUAUCGAUCGUUUUGCAAGCGUCGGGACCGGGUGGCCAGUUCUUAUCGACGAGAGAGAUGUCAAGACGAACUUACCUGCUACCGAAGAAGCAUUCGUCAAGAGCAAACCACAGAGGACUCUACGCGUUGAGGACAUUUUGGCGGGUGAUGGACUCUCCACCUUGUCGUCUUUCGGUAGUGUUUCUUUCAUGGCAUACAUGUUCGGACGGAAUCUCUCGCACCUGCAUCGCCCUGAUCCUCAAGACAACGACCAUGACCUGAAUGGGUUGUACUGGCAGCGGCACAGAUCGCACGAUAACGUACUACUGCAUUUUGCCCUAGCAAUGCCCAACCAUCUCCGACUACCGGCUGGAAUGUCUGAUCCUAAUGUCAUCUUCUGUAACAUGGCGAUCCAUACUUCCACGAUAUGCCUUCAUCAAGCCGCUAUCUUCAAGGCGGAGAAAAACCGGAUGCCCGAGCAGAUCAUCACUGAAAGUAAACGAAGGUGUAUUGUCGCUGCUGAUCAAAUCUCUAAUAUUAUGAAGAUGAUCAGCCACAUGGACCUAACGGCUUUAAAUCCUUUCAUGUCAUACUCUGUCUAUGUCGCUGCGCGCGUCUUCGUACAGUAUCUUAAAUCCCGCCCCGACGACUCAGCUGCUCGUUCCUCUCUCGGAUUUGUCUUCACCGCACUCGAUGCCAUGAAGAACAAGAACCCCUUGACUGAAUCUUUCCUGGUUCAGUUGGACGUCGAUAUUGAAGGUACUCCAUUCCGAGACAUUCGACAAGCGAAAAGGCCUCGUAUCACAAACAAUGUGCAAAAAAAGGUAAGUCUCCGCACAGAACGAUCUCCAAUUAUCACAAUCUCUAAUGAUCAACAGGGUCGCGGCUGUACACCACUCGUACCAGUAGAGCAACACCAAAAUCAUCAAUCUGCAAUUGAAGAAGUGCCCGCCAGGCCAUCGGCUGGCCCACAGCAACACUAUUACACGCCCUCAUCUCUACCCUCUCGUGAAGGACAGAGUCUUCCACAAUUACAGAACAGGAACCCUCCAGGUUCGGAUCCUUUCGCAAAAUCGCCGUUCAAUCUCAGCUCGGGAACUGAAUCUGGACCGGGAACUGACAAAGGACUUUCGCCCGAGUUCACCGACAAGAGUUCCAACAACAGUCCAGUGUCUAAUGAUACAUCUAUACUAAACCAGACUACCAUACACGAUCCUUCUUCUACUACUUAUAUAUCCCUGGAUCCGUCCUCGUCCCUGAAGCAGCAGCAGCCAUCAACUUCAUCAUCUCUCAACCAAACCAACCAUCAACAAUCACAUACCUCUCUCGAUACUAGUAGCGCAGUAAACAUGAGUAUGGGUGCCGGCCCAUUCGGUGCAUUUGAUAUGGGCUUCUCUUCCCAGUUAUAUCAAACGGGCAUGGUGACUCCCCUCGACUCUACCGGUUCGGAAGGGUCUAUUCCCAUGCCUACGUGGGAUUUUGGCGCGCCUCAAACUUCGAACGGUGAAAAUGUCGACAUGAUUACUACCGGCAUGGAAUCAUUAGAAGCACAGUGGGCACAAUUACUAGGUUCAGCUCCAGGGACAGGGACCGGGACAGGAUGGGACUCAUGGCGAAAUCAAGUAUAG